AUGGGUUGGGGUGGGAUAUUGGGUUUUGAGUAUGGAAUUAUUCAAGCACCAUUGGGACCUGAUAUUGCUGGACCCGAUCUUGUUGCUGCUGUUGCUAAUGCUGGGGGACUUGGUUUCCUCAGAGCCCCUGAUUGGGAGUCACCACAUUACCUGCGGGAGCUCAUAAGGAAGACUCGAAGCUUAACUGACAAACCGUUUGGGGUUGGUGUUGUUCUGGCAUUUCCGCAUGAGAAAAAUAUACAAGUCAUUUUGGAUGAAAAGGUAGCAGUGCUGCAGGUUUACUGGGGUGAAUGUUCAAAGGAGCUUGUGUUGAAAGCUCAUCAGUCUGGGGUUAAGGUUGUUCCUCAAGUUGGUAGCUUGGAUGAAGCGAAUAAAGCAAUAUAUGCUGGUGUAGAUGCAAUUAUUGUUCAAGGGCAUGAAGCAGGAGGGCAUGUGAUCGGUCAGGAUGCUUUGAUUUCAUUGUUGCCAAAGGUAGCUGAUCUUGUUGGAGAUCGGGAUAUACCUGUUAUCGCGGCCGGUGGUAUAGUGGAUGCCCGUGGAUAUGUUGCUGCUCUGGCCCUUGGUGCUCAAGGGGUCUGCCUAGGCACUAGGUUUCUUGCAACUCAGGAAAGCCGUGCUCAUCCCACAUACAAGAGGAAGCUGGUUGAAUUUGACAGAACUGAGUACACUGAUGUAUUCGGGCGUGCAAGGUGGCCUGGAGCGCCGCAUCGCGUUCUGCAUACACCAUUCUUCAAUGAUUGGAAAUCUCUUCCUCCUCAUCAGAAUGAAGCGGAUCAGCCUGUCAUCGGUCAUUCGACAAUACAUGAUAGGGAAAUAGAAAUUCGUCGUCUUGCUGGUACUGUUCCAAAUGUGACUGCAACUGGUGACAUUGAAAGCAUGGUGAUGUAUGCUGGCCAAAGUGUAGGCCUUAUCAAGGAAAUUUUACCUGCAGGGGAGGUGGUAAAGAGGCUAGUUGAAGAGGCUCAACUUCUGAUAAAGCACAAGUUCAGUGAUAUAUUGUUGACUCACAGCUGA